UCCCUUUCAAAAUGGAUGCGCCCAUGAUCGACGAUUCCGAAGUAGUUCACAACCACAAAGAAAAAGAUGAUGAACGACAAGAAAGGGAACAUUUCGUCCGUAUAUUGAAUUCUUUUAAAGCGUAUAGAGUAUUUUCACUCAGCCGUAUUACAGACUCCCUGAGGCAUUAUGACGGGCUACCAGGUCACCACAAACAGCUUAUACCAGACUUCCUGAAGCACAUGGAAACUGUUCAGUCAUGCGUGGAACAGAACAGCCGGAUAAUCAAGCUGAUCACCCAAGAUGCUGAGCACAUCUUCGAGAAUCAACAGAAUAUGUCGAAUGCUGGUGAGGAAGAGCCAGACUCCAAGUCCACGCUGCCGCGCCUGUCUGACAUGGAGAAGGUGAAGUCUACACUGAAGCAGUUCGUGCGUGACUGGAGUGACCAGGGUCAGCAUGAGCGGGCCGUGUGUUAUGAUCCUGUCAUAGCCGAGGUGGUGAAGAGAUUUCCAGCAGACAACUGUGAAACAUCACAAGUAAACAUACUAGUACCAGGAGCUGGUUUAGGUCGCCUGGCUUUUGAGUUUGCACGACGAGGCUACAGCUGUCAGGGAAAUGAAUUUAGCCUGUUCAUGCUGUUUUCAUCCAACUUUGUUCUUAACAAGUGCAAAGAGGUGAACUGUCACACCCUGUACCCCUGGGUCCAUCAGUGGACGAACAACGUGCGCAACGCAGACCAAACAGCAGCCAUCACGUUUCCUGACGUGGACACCUCAGAAAUCCCAGAGGAUGCAAGCUUCUCUAUGGCGGCCGGUGAUUUCCUCGAGGUGUACCAGGAUCCAGAGACAUUUGACUGUGUAGCCACUGUGUUCUUCAUUGACACUGCUCACAACAUCAUUGCCUAUGUGGAGAAGAUCUACGAAAUCUUGAAGACUGGCGGGUACUGGGUAAACCUAGGGCCACUGUUGUACCACUAUGCUGAUAUGCCCAAUGAGGUGUCCAUAGAACUGGCCUGGGAGGAUGUGAGAAAUGUGAUAGAGAAGAUUGGAUUCGUAUUUGAGAUGGAAAAGUUGAACGUAAAGUCCACGUACACCCAGAACACGCAUUCCAUGCUCACCUACACUUACGACAGUGUCAUGUUUGUCUGCAGAAAACCAUCAUGAUGUGCACUCAGCAAGAAACAAGAAACCUCUGCGUUAAAUGUUAGGCCUUGCAAUUCUUUUUGUAAACCCUAAGCAGGUUUAUAUUUUUGUUGCUUGAAAUUUUGAAAGUUUGCAAUGAAUUUGCACUGUAAUGGUCAUCUUCAUAUGCACUUUCUUUGCAGCUUAUCUGCAUACAUUUGGCCGUAACUGUUUCAUUUAAAGGGGCCUUUUCACAGAUUUUGGCAGAUAUUGAAGUUUGUCAUUAAAUGCUUUAUAUUGAUAAAUGUAAAAAUUGCAUUUAAAAAGCUCCAGUAAAAAACAAGAAUAAAAUUUAAAAAAAAUAUUAAUAAAAAAAAAGUAGGUAACCCUCAACUGGGUUCGAACCACUGACCCCUGGAGUUCUGGAGUAAAAGUCUACCGCUUAGACCUUUCUGCCAACCCUGCUCAUACAAUGAGGGAUGUAUUUUAUAUUUUAUAAAAGCAAUUCUCGUAGUUUCACAAAAUGUAACAACAACAACAGAACUUUCCAAAUUAUUCAAUCGUUUCGCGUUGCAAGGCUUUAUAAUUUUCAGGUUUUUGAAUCGUCAAAAGAUGCGUUUAAUGGAUAUUUAAGAGCAUGGUAAAUGUUUCUGUUUCCUUACAAAUAUCUUAACUAAAACAAAAAUUGUGAAUCUGAAACAACUUUUUUAAAUUUUGUAAAUUUACCAAAUCGUGAAAAGGCCCCUUUAAUUGCGUGAUUCUAUGUGAAUAUAUGGGACAUACAUAUUCUGACAAACUAAACGUAUCUUUGAUUUUCAGAUUUCUCAGAGUUGAGGGUUUUAUGCCCACGGAUUGAAUGAUCAGAGGUAUAUUGUUUUUUGCCUGUCUGUCUUUCUGUCUGUCAUUCCGUCAUUCUGUCCCAAAACUUUAACCUUCUAAGUUACAGUAAAGUUUUGCAAUAACUUUUGAAAUAUUGAACAUAGCAACUCGAUAUUUGGCAUGCAUGUUUAUCUCAUGGAGCUGCACAUUUUGAGUGGUAAAAGGUCAAGGUCAUCCUUCAAGGUCAAAGUUAAGAAAAAAAGCGGCGCAUUGGGGGGCAUUGUGUUUCUGACAAACACAUCUCUAGUUUGUCAGUGAAAUAAUAUUUUGCCAGAGAAAUAAAUUUUACAGCCCAGAUAGGUAUAUGAACAAGUUUGUACCAUUUUUAGUAGAUUUUCUUUUCAAGAGCUUGUUUAAGGCCCGAAUUCAGGAAUAUAUUAUGUAUAAACUUAGACCAUUAAUAAAUAAUAUUCUUGAAGUGAUAUGUUCAUAACUUUUGAUUUUUAGCGUGACUUACCAGUUACCACCACUUAUUACAGUAUUAUUCAAUUAGCCUAAUUUCAGUUUGUGAGAUAAGCAAAAUUGGUAGCCUGUAUAUAUGCAAACUUAGAAGAAUUUUUUAUGAGAUCUAAGAUGAUUUUUAAUGCUUCUGUCUAAAAGAAUAGUUGGUAACUAUAGUACCAGCUCUAUCUUGCAUGCAAUUCUGUUUCAGACAUGUUGAUUUGAGUUAGAUCAUGCAAGACAGUAAAUAAGUUAAUGGGAUGGGAUCUUAUAAUACAAAGAUUAUUAUAAAAAAUACUUUUAAAGUGAUUUAUUUGCAUUUUAUUGGAUUUUAUUCAAUUAGUUUCCCUUGUUUAUGCUUUUUGAUUUGUUAAGAUGGAGUAUGGAAACUCAUUUGAAAAAUGAACUUGAAAACUUCUUUUACAAAAUGUUGUCAAACUUUAAAAUCCCUUUACAACAUUUCCUCAUAAGAAAAGUUUACUAAUCUAUUCUUGCAACUCGAUAUUGCUUUAUAUAUUUUGUCAGACACAAAAGCUGUUGUCAUCUGAAAUGACACUUCUAACCGUCUUGACCGCAACCAGAUACAAUGUGCAUCAGGUUUUUUUUAUAGCUAACUUGAACCAAUUCCUUUAAAGAUAUCGAAUGCAACUUUAAUUUUAUACAAUAGGAUAACAACAUUGGAUAACUUAUCCAAAAACGGAAAAAUUUAACCAAAGAUUAUCUUUUAGAUUGGCUUAAAUUAUCCAUAUUUAUACAAUUGGUUACUGAAACUGUGUAUGUAGGAAGGUUACAGGCUAAUCUAGUCUGGGACUGCAUGUGGGGCCAAUGAGGUCAAGGUCACUGUAACUAAGAAUAUUAAGUGUUUCAGCUCGAUUCCUUGAUUGUAUUUAAGAGGUAUCGUGCUGUAAUUUUGUAAUUGCGUUUAUAAGUAGCUUACAUGCAGACCAUGGACAGGUUCACAUUUGAGACAAAUUGGGUCAAGGUCAUUGUCACUCGAAAUUGUAAAUGGUCUUGUAUGGAUGGUGAUAUUGUACUGUUAUUUUUGUGUAGGUAGCUUAGGUGUAUACCUUGCUUUUAAACUUAACUUUUUUGGGGAGUAAAGUUGAAAAUCUCUUUUCUCUGCAGGGUUACAUUUCUUGUUUAUUAUGCCCCCCUUGGAAGAAGAGGGGGUAUAUUGUUUUGCACAUGUCGGUCCGUCCGUCCGUCCACCAGAUGGUUUCCGGAUGAUAACUCAAGAACGCUUAGGCCUAGGAUCAUGAAACUUCAUAGGUACAUUGCUCAUGACUGGCAGAUGAUCACUAUUGAUUUUGAGGUCACUAGGUCAAAGGUCAAGGUCACAGUGACUCGAAAAAGUAAAACAGUUUCCGGAUGAUAACUCAAGAACGCUUACGCCUAGGAUCAUGAAACUUCAUGGGUACAUUGAUCAUGACUCGCAGAUGACACCUAUUGAUUUUCAGGUCACUAGGUCAAAGGUCAAGGUCACAGUGACUCGAAACAGAAAAAUGGUUUCCGGAUGAUAACUCAAGAACGCUUACGCCUAGGAUCAUGAAACUUCAUAGGUACAUUGAUCAUGACUUGCAGAUGACCCCUAUUGAUUUUCAUGACACUAGGUCAAAGGUCAAGGUCACGGUGACUCGACACAGUAAAAUGGUUUCCGGAUGAUAACUCAGGAAAGCUUACGCCUAGGAUCAUCAAACUUCAUAGGUACAUUGAUCAUGACUGGCAGGUGACCCCUAUUAAUUCUCAGGUCACUAGGUCAAAGGUCAAGGUCACAGUGACUCAAAACAGUAAAAUGGAUUCCUGAUGAUAACUCAAGAAUACUUAGGCCUAUGAUCAUGAAACUUCAUAGGUACAUUGAUCAUGACUGGCAGAUGACCCCUAUUGAUUUUCAAGUCACUAGUUCAAAGAUCAAGUUCACAGUGACAAAAAACGUAUUCACACAAUGGCUGCCACUACAACUGACAGCCCAUAUGGGGGGCAUGCAUGUUUUACAAACAGCCCUUGUUUUAAAAAAAAAAAUAAGUUUACAUAAACUACUUCAGAUAUUCUACUUAAAAUAUGUCUUUGUGGUCAUUAUACCAGAUGAUAUACUAUCAAAGCAGAAAAAUGUGACAGCUCUUGUUAUAUUUUAAGAAAUGCUGAAAUGAGGCAUUAAGCAGUGUGCUUGUCCGUCUGUACAAAACAUACAUAUGUACGUCAAGAAACUUAUGUUUUGAACUUCUCUUCUACUCAAGGGUGGAUCUUGCUCAAAAUUAAAUUACUUCUCGCUCAAACUUGAACAGUUGAUAAACUUUAAUGUGUAGAUGAUUGUAAGGAAAGGAAUUUUUGCUGCAACAAAAUUCGGCAUAAUUUUUCCAUUUGUUCAGUUUUUUACUGUGGAAUAUGUUGUCCUGUAUUAUUGUGUUUUCAACUCUGCUUUACCUAUUGGGCGGAUCUUGCUCAAUAUUUCACAGCUGAAUUACCUUCAUGUUAAAAUGAUCAUUAAUAAAGGAAUCUUUGCUUAUACAACAUUUGGCAGAAUUAAAGAGUUUAUGUUUUUCAACUAUAAAAUAUAUAUUUCCAUAAUUAUCUGUACUUGGUAUUUAGUUCCGUGAACAGCUUGGCAGAUGUUCUCAAAUUUUCAGAGCUGAAUGUGUAGAUGAUCAUUUUGAGGGAAUUUUGUCUUUGACCGGCAACUUGUUUUGGCCUUUUGUCUUGUUUGCUGUAGUGGAUUUGUCUGUGUCCAAAUGUGUUAAUGAGUCGUGUUCUGAGAAAACUGUGCAUAAUGCAUGUGCGUAAAGUGUCGUCCCAGAUUAGCCUGUGCAGUCCGCACAGGCUAAUCAGGGACGACACUUUUUGCUUAAAUUGGAUUUUUGCUUAGAAGAGACUUUAUUUUAACGAAAAAUGUCACAAAAGCGGAAAGUGUGUGGAUUGCACAGGCUAAUCUGGGACGACACUACGCACAUGCAUUAUGCCCAGUUUUCUCAGAACAUGACUUGAACAUGUGUUGUGAGAGAAUUAUGUGUGUGACACAUUUCUAGUUUGUUUGAAGAAUAUAUUUGUAAUUUUAAAAUGUUUUAUAUUGAUUUAUUGUUGAUUAAUGGCUGAUUCUUAUGUUGCACAUAUUUUAAUAGCUGCUUUAUCACCUCUGCAGAAACCAGUUAAAAGUUUGUUUCACCAUGAAUUGAAGGAUUUUUUGUCCAUUUAAAAAUUAUUAAAAUAUGAAUAGUUAAGCCCUUUGAAGUUUUCUAAUAUAAAAAGAUAAUUAAAUAAUUAUCUUUUCUUACAAGUGUAUAUAAAAAUUGAAGUCAAUUGCUUGAGUGUAAAUAACAAGCUACUUAGCUGUGUUUGGUUAUUAAUUAUAUAAUUCUCAAUGUUUUUCAGUUCAUUUUUAGCUCAUCUAUUUUUUGGAAAAAAAAUGAUGAGCUAUUGUCAUCACCUUGGCGUCUGCGUCGGCGUCCGGUUAAGUUUUGCGUUUAUGUCCAUUUUUCUCAGAAAGUAUCAAUGCUAUUGCAUUCAAACUUGGUACACUUACUGACUAUCAUGAGGGGACUGGGCAGGCAAAGUUAGAUAACUCUGGCGUGCAUUUUGACAGAAUUAUGUGCCCUUUUUAUACUUACAAAAUUGAAAGUUUUGGUUAAGUUUUGUGUUUAGGUCCAUUUUAUUCCUUAAGUAUCAAAGCUAUUGCUUUCAUUCUUGCAACACUUACUAACUAUCAUAAGGGGACUGUGCAGGCAAAGUUAUGUAACUCUGACUGGCAUUUACGGAAUUAUGGGCCCUUUAUACUUAGAAAAUUGAAAAUUUGGUUAAAUUUGUGUUUUGGUCCACUUUACCCCUCAAGUAUCAUAGAUAUUGCUUUCAUACUUGGAACACUCACAAACUAUCAUAAGGGGACAGUAAAGGACAAGUUGCAUAACUCUUGUUGUCAUUUUUACAGAAUUAUGGCCCUUUUUGACUUAGUAACUUUGAAUAUAUGGUUAAAUUUUGUGUUUAGAUCCACUUUACUUCUAAAGUAUCAAGGCUAUUGCUUUCAAACUUAAAAUACUUUCAUGCUAUCAUGAGGGUACUGUACCUGGCACCUUGAAUUUUACCUUGACCUUUGAAUGACCUUGACUGUCAAGGUCAAAUUAUUAAAUUUUGCUAAAAUUGCCAUAACUUCUUUAUUUAUGAUUAGAUUUGAUUGAUACUUUGACAAAACAACUCUUACCUGACAUAUCACAAUAGACUCCACCCAAACCAUCCCCCAUUCCCCCCCGAAUCCCCCCCCCCCCCAAAAAAAAGUUGUGUUUUUUUGUGUUUUUUUAAAGAUCAUCUAAUAAAUGA